CUCAGAGGCCAGCGGUUUCUCUCAGAGCGGGCCUCCGCCAUGGCGCUGAGCGGCGGAUGGUGGAGGCGAGCCGUGUGGCAGCUGAGGGGCGCUGGGAGGCUGCUGAGGGGACGGGGCGCGCCCAAGUACAGCUCGGGGCGAGGGCCGGGCCCUCCCCCGCCCGCUACGGAGCUCGACAAAGCCGACGCCUGGCUCCUCAGGAAGGCUCACGAGACCGGUUUUCUCUCCUGGUUCCGGAACGGCUUGCUGGCGACCGGCGUUGGCGUGAUCUCCUAUGUGCAGAGCGACAUGGGACGUGAAGCUGCUUACGGCUUCUUCAUCUUGGGCGGGAUCUGCGUCUCCUACGGCAGCGCCUCCUACCUACUCAGCCUCUUCCUCCUCCGCCGGACCAUGAUGCUCUCCUUUUCCACGGCGCUCCUCAACUGCGUGGCCGUCACCACGGUGGCCCUGUUCUGGCUCUGCGCCGUCUCCCUCUACAUUGGCCGGCUGGAGGUAGAGAUCAUCCAGGACGAGCCCAACGAGAAGCGUCAGGAUAAGAAGGAGGACGGCAAGUCGGACAAGUGAAGCUCCGCGUUUUUGGGAACGGGACUCUGCGGACCGACUCUGGCGGCCACCGACAGGACACCUUUGGGUCCUCAAGAAAGAAAGAUGGCCAACGAGAGUCAAGCGGGAUGCGUCGACCGCCUCGUAUUUAUUUCUGGGCUCUGGAACGUGAGUAUUGCAAAAAUCAGACUGGGGAGGACAACGAAUUCUCCGAAGGGUGUUCCACUGAGCCAGGAAGCCAGCUCUCCCCAGCUGGAAGCAUGCAUUUUGGCGAAACUGGGACAUUUUUAACGCUUUUCUGACAACGGCACAUUCUGUUGAGGUCUCACUCUCUCCCCACUUUCCCUGAAAGCUCUAAAGCCAUGUUCAACUAAACCACGCAUGGGCAAACUUGGGCCCUCCAGGUGUUUUGGACUCCAACUUCCACAAUUCCUAACAGCCGGUAGGCUGUUAGGAAUUGUGGGAGUUGAAGUCCAAAACA